CUAAUUCCCGUAUAUACGUGCAAAUAUUUUCUUGUAAAAUUUAUUUAUUUUUUUUUAAUUUCUUCUUUUUUCAUGGCUCUUCAAACUUCUAAAGCUUUGAACAAAUUAAAAUCCUUAACUUUCGUAACACUUGGCGGUGGUUGUAUAUUUUCCGCGCUAUGCAUCAACCAAAGUAAUGAAAAAUUUUAUGAAGAGAUUCUAAUGCCAGCGACGCGUCUAUUACCACCCGAGUUCAGUCAUAAAGUGGCCGUUUGGGCAUGUAAGAACAAAUUGCUCGGCCAAUCUAGAACGGAUGAUGGAAUUUUGAAAUGUAAUUUCUUUGGCUCAACGUUAAAAAACCCAAUCGGUAUUGCAGCCGGUUUCGAUAAACAUGCGGAAGCAGUAGAAGGUUUAUCUCAACUUGGAUUUGGCUUUAUAGAAAUUGGUUCCGUUACUCCAGAACCACAACCGGGACAGCCGCAACCGCGUGUUUUUCGUUUAGUGGCCGAUGAGGCCAUUAUUAAUCGUUACGGUUUCAAUAGCGAAGGCCAUGUGUGUGUGUACGAACGCUUGAAAGCUGUUAGAGAAUCGGGACAAUUUUCGAGCAUUUUAGGAGUUAAUUUGGGUAAAAAUAAAAACUCCACCUCGGCUAAGCAGGAUUAUGUGAAGGGAGUACAAAUGUUUGGUCCAAUUGCGGAUUAUCUUGUUGUUAAUGUAAGCAGUCCAAAUACGCCAGGAUUGCGCGAUCUGCAAGGAAAGAACGACUUGCAACAGUUACUUGAAGCUGUGAUACAAGCACGCAAUCAAUUAUCGGUGAACAAUAGCGUACCGAUUCUGCUAAAAUUAGCACCAGACUUAACAAAACAGGAUAUUAAAGAUAUAGUGGCGGUGGUCAACAAGAAAUCGUGUAAGGUCGAUGGCUUAAUUAUAUCAAAUACAACGGUGUCACGGCAAAAUCUUAAAGAUUCCCAGCUUGCCUUAGAAAAUGGCGGACUCAGCGGUGCACCUCUUCGUUCGAAAUCUACCCGUUUAGUGGCACAAAUAUAUUAUCAAACCGGGGGAAAAAUACCUAUAAUUGGCGUAGGAGGUAUUGCGACAGGCGAAGAUGCUUUUGAAAAACUAGAAGCUGGUGCAUCGUACUUACAAUUGUACACUUCGUUUAUUUACCAUGGGCCACCCGUAGUAAACAAAAUUAAGCGGGAAUUGGUGGAUAUUUUAAAGAAAAAAGGCUAUAAUUCAAUAUCUCAGGUGGUUGGUUGUAAUUAUAAGAAAUAUCUAAGUGAAUAGUUUCAUAUCCCUUUCGUGAAUUCCCUCAUUUGAUAUUGCGUCUAUGCAUGGGUUUGAAGCGAAUAUUGUAGCACUUGCUAACACAUAGCAAUCGAUUGUCGAGAGUGCCGCAUUGGAAUUCGAAAAAAACAUGAACAACAAGAAGUUAGAUUAUAUUUUGAAAACGAAAGGAAGAAGUCACAUUAUUUUCGAAAUAACAGAAAAAUUAAUAGCUGAGAUUUUCGUAUCCCAGACGCUUGUCGGUGUAACGAAUAAUUUGAGGAUUUAGUGAGAACCUGUAGUCCAGCUUGACGCAUGAAAUACUAUAAGUACUAUUCGAACCUUAAAUGACUACACGUAAUGAAGUUUGGAAAGUCUAGAAGAAUGAUACUCAAAAAUGUUAUUAGCGAAAAGCUCCGAACUUUUACAAGAAAAGCCUGACAUUCGUACGGAUUUAAGAAUAAUUGUAGACCAGACACUUCGAAAAUAUACGAAAAGGAAUACAGUAAGUUUGCUUUUCAGCGGACAGGUUGUAUGUGCAGGGCAUUGAAAAUACCUAGAGUUUCCAUGCAUUUGCAGUGCUUAUCUACCCCUUAUUUAAGAAAUCUGUAAGCAUGUGUUUUGUGUUUAGAUAUCCUCAUACUGCAUCUUAUUAUAAUAUGAUGCCCUUAGGAUCUCAUGUUGUGGAAGAUUGUGUUUCUGUAUAAUUUUCCAGAACGUUGAUAGUCUGCAUUUCUAUUUCAUCUAUGGUUAUAGAAUAUGAAAAUUCAUUUACUUUUUUUUAGGAUCACGGUGAUGGGUAUAAUUUUCUUUCUUUGUUUUCGCUGAAAAAUCUAAUAAAGACGCAAUAGGCAUUCACAUUCAGAGCGACGAUAAGCUUAAGCUUCCUUGGUAACCACUAGUUUUAAGUGAACUAACUGCAUGUAUUUUCUAAAAUAUUUUUAUUGUUAAUAAUAAAAAUAAAAAUAUCUUUGCA